AUGGACGGACGACCCUACAAUGGGACACACGCGAAAGACGGCGCUCUGCAGGACUGGCAACGAAACGCCACGGAAACACUGGCAAGAAGUUUGGAUAGACCGAAGAGUCCACGUAUAGCACCGAGGGUACGCUCCGGUAUGCAGCACACAAUCCGGACCGUCACCCCAGAACCAGUGGUGGACGAUGGAGGAGAUGAGGUGUAUGCCCAGAAUAGCUCCAUUCAUACCUCUCCACGUUCCAUACCCGGAGGAGAGAAGCCAAGGGAUCGACGCCAGGGUCUUGUCUUCCAAGACUCUUACAGUACUGACUCUCUAGAUGGAGCGGGAGCUGGAGCUGGAAGUACUACUCGGACAGGACCACCUGUGAGCUUCCAUUCACACUCACGGCCGCGCACUCGCACGAUGGAAGAGUCUCAUCGACCUCGUUCAACUUCCACCACGGUUUCAAAAAGCCGCCAUCGUAUCGGCUCGGUGCAUUCAACAGCAUCCUCUUCGUUCCACGAUGUACAACCUCAAGCUGUUCCCGAUGUGUCUAAUUCGCUAGGAUUCCCAUCAAUAUCUACGCGACCUCCUCCACCACAACUCCAAAAAUCUAAUUCUGUGAAAGGCGGCCGUCGUUUGGUGAAAAAGUCGUCUCGGCCAACUUCUCCCAUGUCAUCCAUAGGAGAUGUCCCUUCUGUUGAUUCUCUACCCUUUCCAGUUGCUACAGGAGAUGCGAACAAGAUAUUAAUGCUAAUGAAGAAACUGUGUGGACGAAUGAAAGGCGAGGUCAAGUACCAGACUAUCGAAAAUGGUCCAUGGUAUUCAGGGGUCUGCUAUAUCGACGAUAUCAAGGGAUCCCUGAUGUACGAGGGUGAGGACAGAGGACCAUUUCACUUGACCGUGAUUUCCGAUCUCCGAGGAUGUCGAGUAAAACCAAUAACUUCACCAGAACGACCCGUGAGAUGCCUCGAAUUGUCGAAUAGAGCUCUAGGCAUAGAAAUACAUCUGCUUCCGAUGGUCAAUGCAGAAUAUGAUCUCUGGCUAGCGGCACUGCUAUCUUGGCAGCAGAUUCGAACUACCACCCUUCCCGCAAGUCCGCCAAGGUCAACUCCUGUAACUACAGAACGGAGACCUGGUCCGCAGAGACGUGAAUCGAGCUUUGCGGGUACUUCCAGAGGUGCCAAUAUCAUUAAAGUUGCCAAGUUACUUCUCUGGGAUAAAGGUGCACCCACUUCCCCUAGGGCUAUUGUGAAGCGUUCCUCAACGCGUGACCUACGAGCAUCAACAAGGUCGUGCUGGCGAAGGGUAUCUUGUAUAUUGCAAGACAAUGGAGAAUUUAAGCUCCUGACGGAGAAUGACAUUACUUUACUGUCUGUCAUACAACUUUCUCAACUGUCUAGGUGUGCCAUACAGCGGUUGGACAGGUCAGUCCUCGACGAGGAGUACUGUAUUGCAAUUUUCCCACAAUACACGUCGACUUCUACAACACUUUCCAUCUUUCGUCCCGUAUAUAUUGCGCUGGAAUCCCGACUCACUCACGAAGUGUGGUUUUGUCUAUUGCGUGCGUUCACUAUACCAGAGAUAUAUGGCCCACAGCCUUCAAAUGCGCCUGAGGUGUACGAUGAAUUGGACUCACCACAACCGCAACCUCCCACUGAGGAUAUGUUCAGAAUAGAGAAGUCUAUCAAUCUGAGGAUUGUAGAAGCGAAGAUCAGGAAACCACAUGUUCCCACGGAAUCUUUGGGCACUAGCAAGUCCUCAAAGACGGAAUUGGAUCCAUCAAUAGGAGAUUACUUUGCAGAGGUUGUCUUGGAUGGAGAAAUUCGUGCCCGGACAAUCACCAGGACCGAAACUAGGAAUCCUUUUUGGAGAGAAGAUUGCGAGUUCAUGGAUCUGCCUGCACAUCUCCCAAGUAUCUCAAUCAUCUUGAAACAGAUGGAACCCCCACCGGUCACUACUCAUGGAUUCUUGUCAUCUUCGAGCGUUCACAUACCCGCCCAGCCGAUCGAAGUUGUUUGUGGGAGAGUUGAGAUAAAUAUCGAAAAAUUAGAUAGAGGCAAGGACAACGAGACUUGGUGGCCGAUACUGGACGAGCAGCAAGAGCCGAUUGGAGAGAUGUUCCUGAGGAUACGGCAUGACGAACUUGUGGUUUUGCUUGCGAAGAACUAUCAACCAAUAUCGGAACUUCUUCACAACUUUGGUAGUGGCUUGACCAUACAAAUCGCUCAAGUCAUUCCAACUAGUUUAAGGAAACUGUCAGAGAUACUGAUGAAUAUCUUCCAAGUUUCGGGCCACGGUGGAGAAUGGCUUACUGCUCUGGUCGAAGAUGAGAUUGAUGGGUUAGGGAAAGAGCCUCCAAUACGACGACUGAGAUGGAGCCGGCGAAUUGGCUCAAACGAAUCUUACGCUUCUGCAAGUGAUCGAGAACAGACUGUUCGAGACAUGGGCAAGUCUCUACAAGGAGAGGCGAACUUGCUGUUCCGAGGCAAUUCAUUAUUAACUCAAGCUCUGGACUUCCACAUGAGACGACUUGCCAAAGAAUACCUAGAAGAUGUCUUCGCCGAGAAAAUCGUGGAAAUCAAUAACCUGAACCCGGAAUGCGAGGUCGAUCCAUCUCGAAUUUAUCAUGGAGAUGAUAUGCAGAAGAAUUGGUCACUUCUAACAUCCCUUACUACAGAUGUAUGGGAAAGCAUUGCUAACUCAGCAAAUCGAUGUCCACCAGAACUCCGUCAAAUCCUCAAGUACGUCCGAGCAGUCGCCGAAGACCGAUAUGGAGACUUCUUGCGGACGGUGGCUUACACAAGCGUCUCUGGCUUCUUGUUCUUGAGAUUCUUCUGUCCAGCCCUUCUGAAUCCGAAGCUUUUCGGCUUGCUGAAAGAUCAUCCCCAGCCAAAAGCUCAGCGAACCUUUACUCUGAUUGCAAAAAGUCUGCAAGCGCUUGCGAAUCUGUCAAAUUUUGGUCAGAAGGAAGCUUGGAUGGAGCCUAUGAACCGGUUCCUGAAUAGCCAUCGGCAAAGUGUCAAGGAUUUUAUCGACGCCAUCUGUGAUAUCCCUGCAGAGCGAAAUACUUUUGCCCUUCCAGCAUCAUACUCGACUCCUAUUACCAUACUCGCACGCCUACCGCCUACUUCGAGGGAAGGCUUCCCCUCUCUCCCGUACCUCAUCGAUCACGCCCGCAACUUUGCUGCUCUAGUCAGACUUUGGCUCGAUGCAACAAAUUCAUACAUGCCCCCUCAAGGCUUAGAAGGCGACCUCCUCGAAUUCAACGAACUCUGCAUUGCACUUCAGCGCCGAACAGACGACUGUCUCCUCAAAGCCGAAGCGGGGGAACGCGGAGCAGAUCAACUCUCCCUGCAAUGGGAAGACAUCGUCGAAACACUCGACCACUCCCACCUCACCGACUCGCCCACCGAUCCCGACUCCUCAACCUUAGAACCAGAAAUCCACAGCCCGCCUUGGACUGAGCACUCCGGCCGGGGCACAGGCUCGGCGGGAAGUGGAGAGAAAGAGAGGGAGAAGAAAGAACGGCAGAGUUUCUGGGAGAGUACGUUUGGGAAGGAGAGUAAGUAUCAAAGACCGUAUGCGGGAGGAGAUUCGUUUGAUGAGAGCCAGGCUAGUCCGCCGAGUAGAGGGCAGAGUAGGAAUGGGAAGCCGUCUAGGAGUUUCUUGAGUGGGUUGAGGAGGAAGAAAGAGGGAACUUCGCCUACGGUCGGCAGUUUGGAGAGUGCGGAGGGGGGA